AUGGCUCCAGCAGGGGGCGGCAACAUCAAGGUGGUGGUGAGAGUGAGGCCGUUCAAUAGCAGAGAAAUCGACCGAGGCUCAAAAUGCAUCAUCGAAAUGAAGAAUAACCAGACCAUCCUGUCCCAACCGCAUGGUGGAAAGGAGACCGGUCAGAAAGUAUUUGCAUUCGACAAGUCAUACUGGUCUUUCGACAAGAAGGAUCCGCACUAUGCCGGGCAGAACAACCUUUUCGACGAUCUAGGCAAGCCGUUGCUGGACAAUGCUUUCCAGGGGUACAAUAAUUGUAUUUUCGCCUACGGCCAGACCGGGUCCGGGAAAUCCUAUUCGAUGAUGGGAUACGGCAAAGAGAGUGGCAUCAUUCCCAAUAUUUGCCAGGAAAUGUUCACAAGAAUCGAGCAGAUGCAGGCGGACGCCACCCUGAAGUGCACGGUCGAGGUGUCGUACCUGGAAAUUUACAAUGAACGGGUCCGUGACUUGCUGAACCCAUCAACAAAGGGCAACCUCAAGGUUCGGGAACAUCCAUCGACCGGCCCUUACGUCGAAGACCUCGCGAAACUCGUCGUCACCAGCUUCCAGGAAAUCGAACAUCUCAUGGACGAAGGAAACAAGGCGCGAACUGUGGCCGCGACGAACAUGAACGAAACCUCGAGUCGAAGCCAUGCCGUAUUCACACUCAUGGUGACACAGAAGAAGAUGGACCUCGACACAAAAAUGGAGAUGGAGAAGGUCGCGAAGAUCAGCCUGGUCGAUUUGGCCGGUUCGGAAAGAGCCACCUCGACCGGCGCAACGGGCGCACGCCUCAAGGAGGGUGCCGAGAUCAAUAGGUCGCUCUCGUCCCUGGGCCGUGUCAUCUCCGCCCUUGCCGACCUCUCCACCGGAAAAAAGAAGAAGGGAGCAACGACGACGGUACCAUACCGAGACAGUGUUCUCACCUGGCUCUUGAAGGACUCCCUCGGCGGAAACAGCAUGACGGCCAUGAUCGCGGCCAUCAGUCCGGCCGACAUUAACUACGACGAGACCCUCAGCACCCUUCGGUAUGCGGAUUCCGCCAAGCGCAUCAAGAACCAUGCCGUGGUCAACGAAGACGCCAACGCCAGAAUGAUCCGCGAGCUGAAAGAAGAACUGUCCCUGUUGCGCUCCCAGCUUGGGGGUGGCGCUGCGCCCGGCGUGGCAGGUGGUGCUGCUCCCGCUGCCGCCGAGGAAGUGUAUCCGGAAGGCACCCCCCUGGAGCAACAGUUCGUUACCAUUACUGCACCGGACGGAGCCGUGAAGAAAGUGUCAAAGGCCGAGAUUGCCGAACAGCUUAGCCAGAGCGAGAAGCUCUUAACCGAUCUCAACCAAACUUGGGAGCAGAAGCUGGCCAAGACCGAGGAGAUUCACAAGGAGCGUGAAGCCGCCCUGGAAGAGCUGGGAAUCAGCAUUGAAAAAGGUUUCGUUGGUCUGUCCACGCCCAAGAAGAUGCCGCAUCUUGUCAAUCUCGCGGACGAUCCCCUGCUUGCCGAAUGCUUGGUCUAUAACCUGAAGCCAGGCCUGACCACUGUGGGGGGCAUGGAGUCGAGUGGCGAUCACCAACCCAAUAUUCGACUGAACGGAACCAGAAUGCUGCCCGACCAUUGCGCCUUCCAGAACGCCCCCGAUGGGACAGUCACACUGAUUCCGAGAGAGGGCGCGUCGGUCAUGGUCAACGGCAAGCGGGUCGAAGAACCGAAACAGCUGCACUCCGGCUAUCGUAUUAUCCUAGGCGACUUUCACAUCUUUCGGUUCAACCAUCCGAUGGAGGCAAGAGCCGAAAGGGCGGAGCAGAGCCUCCUGCGGCAGUCUGUCACGGCUAGUCAACUGCAGGGUCUCGACCGGACAACGUCGCCUACGCCGACGGCAAGCCCCCGGCCGGGCCACGUCCGUACUAUCAGCUUGGCCAACUCGGAUUUCGGUGAUAGCCGGCCAGAGUCGCCCAUGCCGUUUUCUCGCAAUGGCCGCGAUUCCGACUGGAGUUUCGCCCGCAGAGAAGCCGCCGAAGCCAUCCUGGGCACGAACCAGAACUUGUCGAGCCUCACGGAUGAAGAGCUCAACGCGCUCUUCGAGGACGUCCAGCGUGCGAGAGCCGAGCGCGUCAACGGCCGCGAAGGCGAGGAUGACUCGGAGUCGGCGACUUCGUAUCCCAUACGAGAGAAGUACAUGUCCACCGGGACCCUAGACAAUUUCUCGCUGGAUACCGCACUCACGAUGCCCUCGACGCCGAAACAAGGUGCCGUGGACGAGAGGCUGCGGGAGGUUCGUGAAGAGAUGCAGUCGCAGCUGGACAGACAGAAGGAGGAGUACCAGGAUCAGCUCAAGUCGGCCGAGGCGUCAAACGUCGAGGUGGAGGAGAUCAAGAAGGAGAAGCUCAAGAUGGAGGAAGCCUUGAAAACCCUGAAAGAGGACAUGCAGAAGCAACUGGACGUACAGCGCCGGCAAUUCGAGGACAAGUUGGACAGGAUGGACCCGUUGAAGAGGCCAAAGGCGAACCCAAAGCUCUCGGACGAAGAGAUAACAGUCGCUCGGGGCGUCGUCCAGCAUUGGAAGAGCCGGAGAUACGUGCGGAUGGCCGAGGCGGUCCUGCAACACGCGUCGACGUUGAAGGAAGCGCAAAUCAUGAGCAACGAGCUCGACGUGCAAGUGGUCUUCCAGUUUACCGUUGUUGACGUCGGGCAUUCGCUCUGCUCGUCCUACGACAUGGUCCUGAACGGGCUGACGGCCGACGGGGACGAUGUCGCGCUCGAGGAAGCGCCAAAACCCUGCAUCGGCGUUCGUGUCACCGACUACCAGAACAGCGUGGUGCACCUGUGGAGCAUCGAGAAGCUCCACGACCGCGUCCGGCAGAUGCGGCAGAUGCACCAAUACCUGGACCAGCCGGAGUACGCGCAGCAUCUGAGCCUGGACAACCCGUUCGUGGAGGCGUGCAUGCCCCAGUACACCCUGGUGGGCGACGUAGACGUCCCGUUACGAGCUGUGUUCGAAAGCAGGGUCCAGGACUUUACGCUGGAUGUCCUCUCCCCUCAUACGUCUCAUGCGAUCGGCAUCAUCCGGCUCUCGCUCGAACCUUCGCAUGCGCGGGCGCCUACCAACACGCUCAAGUUCAACGUCGUGAUGCACGAGAUGGUGGGGUUCGCCGAGCGCGAAGGCACGGAGGUGCAUGCGCAGCUCUUCGUUCCGGGGGUGUCGGAGGAGGAUGGGGUCACGACGACGCAGAUGAUCCAGGACUUUGAUGAAGGGCCGAUUCGGUUCGAGAGUGUCCAUAGCGUGAGCAUUCCCCUCUUCAGCGCGCAGUCGAUUACGCUCCGGGUCGCCAUCUUCGCCAAGGUGUCGACCAUGCACCUGGAUAAGCUCCUGAGCUGGGACGACAUGAGGGACUCGGUGCCUCAAUCCCGGAGUACCACGAAAACUAGGGGCGCGAGGAUCGCCGAGUCUCAGUUCUUCACGGAAGAAAAACACGACUUGCUGGCCAGGGUACAGAUCCUCGAGCUCAACGAGGAGGGUCAGUACGUCCCGGUCGAAGCCACGCAGACGAGCGAGAUGGAUGCGGGCACGUUUCAGCUGCACCAAGGCUUGCAAAGGCGCAUCAUGAUCAACGUGACGCACAGCUCGGGCGAUGCGCUGCCGUGGGACGACGUCACGUCGUUCAAGGUCGGCAAGGUCCAGCUCCUCGACCAGGCCGGCAAGUCGCCCGACAUGGCUUCGGCGCCGCCGGACAUUGCUCUCAAAUUGUCAUCGAAGCCCGUGUUCCGACAAAAUGCCAACGGCACGCGGAGCAUCACGUUGACUGGCCAGUGGGACUCGAGCUUGCACAACUCCCUGCUCCUGGACAGGGUAACGGCGGACAAGUAUCGCGUCCAGAUGACCGUCUCGUGGGAGAUCAAGUCGGAGAAGUUCGCCGAGCCCAUGCGGUUUUCCAUGGACGUAUGCUGCCAAAUCAUGUCGAGGACGUACGUCCGGCAAACGUCCAUUCUCUCUGCCCUGUGGCAGAGCAUCCGGAUUGUACAUUCGGUCAGCGGCAUUUUCACGUUGACGAUGCGGCCGGCGCCGGUCAAGAGGGUGGGCGAUCUCUGGAGAAUGAGCAGCCAGCAUGACUACGUCAAGGGCGAGGAGCAGCUGACGACGUGGACGCCACGCGGGGUGUCGCUGGUGAGCGAUUUCAUCAUGGCGCGGAAGAGGAGGAGGCGGAUCGCGGAGAUUGGGGCGGCGCAGAUGCUCAUCAACAGGAUCGGCAUGCCGGUGCGGAAGGUACCGCGGGGGCAGGACGACGGGGCGGAGUCGGACAGCGAAUCACUCCCUUUUCUGGUUCGCCCUAAUGACGACGAUCUGCUCAACGACAGUCCCGAGUGCUCGCAAACACCGGCCGAUGAAGAGGAAGACUUCGCAGCUUCCUGGACGGUGCCAAUCUUCAGCUUGCCGCCGUACCUCUCCAGGACCUUGUCGUUGUGGUACUUCCAGAAGGCCUUGGUGGCAUUCUUGCCGGCGAAGCGCUUGAGGAUCUUCGCACCGCCGGGGUGGUCGUCCUUGAAGGCUAGAUAG